AUGGUAGUCCUGUUGCUUGGGGCGAGCCAUGUGUCAGACGGGAUCCGACGGCUGGCUCUUGAACGCCACGAGUCCUUUAACAUGUCUAUACCGGGUAGUGGAGCCUUGGUUCUGCAAAUUCUGUUCAGCGUGCCUGACAUUCUGGACGAUGCUGUCAAUUUUGCGGGCCUCGAAACUCUAGGGGAUGUGUGGCUGGCAUCUGAGAGACUGACGGAGCAUCUGCUUCUUCCCACAGGCCAGCACGAGUCCUUGUACAACAGUGCGUACGAGCUCUUGGACGAUCCGUGGCCGCGCGAGGACCAUGUGGAGGUGAUUGUGGCCUCGGACAUCAUCUACGGAAACUGGGGCGAAACUGUAGGAGAGGCUUUGUGCCGCGUGCUGGAGCCGGAUGGAGUCAUCAUUCUUGCCGCAUCCGAGGACCGGCGGGGUGGCAUGCGCUGCUUCCAGGACAGCGACUGCUGGGUGAUCGUUGGUGACCAGGUGUUGGAUGUUACCAACUUUCUCGCCGAUCAUCCCGGCGGCAAGAAGUCGAUCAUGAUGUUCGCCGGCAAGGACGCGACGGAGGAGUUCGACAUGCUCCACGACCGCAAGGUGAUCAAGAAGUAUGGCCUGGACGAGGGCACGGUUGUGCUGAAGGGCACGAUCAAGAAGUGA